CAGAGAUCACUUGAGUCUCACGCUUCUCACAGAGUAAGUCAUCUCAAGAGGAUGUUCACUUAGGCAGAAAUAACGUUAGAUAAUAAUCUAAUAAGGAGACCUUGAUGACUGUCGAAGGAAUGCAAGUGGUGUGAAAUUCUGAUGGUGAGACAUGUUGAGUGGGCUCUUAGAGGACAAGAAAGAUGAGCUGAGAUGAAUCUCUACUCAAUUAUUUGGAAAUAUAUUAUUAUCCUUUUCAGUGUUUCCAUCAAAUAUUUUCCUCUGCAACCUGCUAACUGUGUGAUCUUCAAUGGCCUUGGCACCUUGAAAGUAGAACCAGCUCCACCCUUCCUCCUCAGCUCAAACCUGACGGUCUACUGUCACAUCAAGAAGUGCUGGCAUAGGAGCAAAAUAUUUCUGAAGCACAGUGGUGAAAUUCUGGCUCCUUCACAAAGAAUCAACUGCACCGCUGCAAUGUUUAAUCUGUUUAAUAUCCAGGUGCCAAAAUCUUCAUUGGUUUGCAAACUGGAGUUUGAAGACAAGGUGAAGAACGUUAAUGUACUGGACCUGCAUGGUGGCUACCCUCCAGACAAACCUGAAAAUGUUAUUUGUGAAACCACAAGGAGCUCCAAUUCUAUAGACUGCUCGUGGUUCAGAGGAAAGGAAACGUACCUUAAAACUGCUUAUAACGUUUCAAUCCGCAGAGUAAAUGGCACCCCUGAAGUGUUUGUUCAGAACAAGAGCGCUGAUGUUGUCUCCAUCCCAAAAGCACAGAUUGAUGAAAACACUACAUACCAUCUAAUAGUCACUGCUUACAAUUACUUAGGAGCCUCACAGUCUGAUCCAUUCAUCCUCUGUAUGAAGGAUAUAGUGAUACCAGAAACCCCUCAAAUUAUGCAAAUAGAGUUUCUGAAUAACUCCAUAGCAGCCAUUUUGAGAUGGAAAACAGCUGAAUCCUCAGGGCCCCUCCAAUCCUGGGUCAGGCUGCGUACAGAGACCAACUCCUGGGAGGCUGGAGAGAGGUCAGAGCCCAGUGAAGGUCUGAUAAAAGUAGAAGGCCUCAAGCCUCUGACUAAUUAUGAGUUCAAAAUGAGAGCUUGUUUCUCAAUAUCAUGUCAGAAGCAUUCAAACAUGACCUGCUUCACAACCCCAUCAGCCUCCAGCAAAAGGCCAUACUGCAGCAAAUGGAGUCCCUCUGUGAGGGGGAGAAGCCCCGGAAAAGGUCCAUCUCAGCAGCUGCAUGUGUGGAGGAUUCUCGGCUACAAGAGGAAGGAUGGGGAGCAGAUGGUGACAGUUUUGUGGAAGCAUCCAAAUCCAGAAGAUUACAGUGGUGAGGUACAACAGUUCAUGAUCUUCCUUGGCAACGAUCAGAAACAGAGCAUGACUUGUGCUGCUGCUCUGAGCCAGUGCUCAGUCCCAUUAUCAGCACAAGUCCAGUCGCUUAGAAUCAGUGCAGUCACAUUGUAUGGGACAUCUCCACCUUCAGAUGUGCCUCUCAAACAAUCAGGAAAUAUUGGUCCUCUUUUGAGAAAGCCUACUCCUGCAGCUGAUGGCAGUGCUGUGUUUGUGUCCUGGUCGCGGCCGGAGAACAAACACAUGUCACUGUCUGGAGAAAACCUGCUGUAUUAUGUGCUGGAGUGGACCAGUGUUCCUGUGGCAGCACUGCAGUGGCAAAAAGUGGACAAAGAGGAAAACGCAACAACAAUCACAGGCUUGACUGCAGGUGUGAGGUACAAUAUCUCUGUGUUUGCUGUGGCCAGCAGAGGUGUCAGCGCGCCAUCAACUCAUCUGGUCUACUCCAAAGAAGAGGAACCAUGUUUAGGUCCCACUUUCUCAGUUCUGGUCCAUGAGGCUACACGGAUCCUGAUUGAGUGGGAUGAGCUGCCAGUAGACCAGCAGAGAGGUUUCAUCACACACUACACCAUCUAUCUCCAAACACUUGAUUCCAGUGACACAGAACUCAAAGUGACGGUGUCUGGCUCCAGCCUCAGACAGAAGUGGCUGGACUGUCCUGAUGGAGCUCUGACUUUGCAGAUGACUGCAUCCACCUCAGCAGGAGAAGGUCCAAGGGGGAGCAGGGUCUCCUCUCAGCCUACAACCCCUGCAGUAGGCCUGCUGAUUGUGACAUUCUUCAUCAUGACUCUUUUUAUAGGGAUCAUAGCCAACCUGCUUUGCUGGAGUUGUGUCAGAGAAAGAAUCAAACAGAAAUGUAUAUCCUGUGGACCUGCCUGGGUUGGUGAAAACUUGCCAAAACCAGGAAACAGUUUUGCCAUCAGAUUGCUGCAGAAUGACAGAAGUGAACCGCCCUUCUCCAUAACGUGCAGCGACCCUCCACUGUCCCCUGUCACUCUGAUCUCUCAGGAGGAAAGUGAUGACGUGUACCCUAACGUCCACAUUGAGUUUUCCCAGGACAGACUAGGACAACCCACGGUGAAGAUGCCUUUGCUGUCAGAUCCUGAGGCGAUGCUUGUCGACAGUCAGCCGGAGCAUGUUAGCUAUAAACCUCAGAUCUCCAUAGUGGCGCCACAAGCAGAAGAAGUGAGGAUAACAGAGGAAGACCACGGGGACGCACAAGAAAGUGUACAGGAGGACAGAAACUCAUGCAUGCCUGGAGGAUUACUUGGAGGGCUUUUCUCCCAUUUGGAAGUGGAUUUCUCUGUUUCACCUGUAGCGCUGACUCUCAGCACUGUAAGUGAUCUGCUGUGGCCUGAAACACAAGAAACGACAAGUGUCAUAAAUGGAGGUUUCAUGCUGGAGAGGAGGGAAGAAAAUGAUGUGGAGGUGGACUUGGCCUGUCAGAACUUAGAGCAGGGUGAAAUAAGGAUUCAGGAACCAGCAAACCCUUGUUUAUCUCUGUAUGGAGCUGAGACAUCACAAACUACUGGUUAUUUUCCUCAGUUGGCUGCUGUCAACACAAUUACUGUCUCUGACUCUCAGAGGUAGCAGGCAAACAGACGAAACAACCUGCACUACUGAACCAACUAUCAAGAGCAUUAUUAAAGGACCGUUUACCCCAAGUGAUUAUGUUACAGACUCUGUUAUUCAAAAAGUCCCUGUAAAGUGAUAAUAAACCUGUAUUCUAGGUUUGUUGUAUGACAGGCCAAUAUGUUAUAAACCACAACGCCAAAUUACAGUAAUGAAAAACAUCUCUAAACUAUGAAAUUAAGCUUCAAAAUGAUGAGAAAAGAGAGUAAAAUCUGCUGUAGGUUAGUGUAGGCAUGCCAAUUGAAUGAGUUGAAGCCCCGACCACUCAGGAGAAACAGGAUCCUCUCAAAUUUUAAAGAGGCUUCUGAACAGAGCUCAGCUGCCUGGCUCUGUGCCAGAGCAGGGAGACAGAAGUUGGGGAUUAAAUUUUACUGUUUUCUGGUACAAAUCUCACCACUAUGACACUUUUAAUGGCUUGCAAGCCACCGUGGCUGAUAGAUUUGGGAAAUGAACAAUGAACAAAAACACAGUAUGUAGCUGGCUGUUAACUUUCAAUGAAGGCAGUGACAUCAGUCUUGAUAAGGAUAAGUCUUGUGUUUAUUUCAUUCAGCUGGAAACCCACAUGUGCUAGAACCAAGUCCUGUUCUGCAUGAACUGCUGAAAGUGUUUGUUAUUCAAGUAACAAAGUGUGACCUCUGCAUGCUCCAGUAUAAGCAUUCUGUUAUUGUGAGUAGUUGAAGUGAGAAGGAGAGUAAAAUUGUUCCAAAACACACCCAGGCUGAAGUCAGUUAGGGGUGUCCCCACUCAAAGACAAAAGCUCAAUGUGUGGCAUUGUACUUUCACUCACAUUAUACACCACCUGCUGUUAAACACAGUGCUGAGGACUUCCUGAAAGUUUCUCACUUCCUCAUUUGUAUUGAGACUGUAAGAAGUCCUGGCCCUCCUCACGUCAUAUGCCAAGGCCAAGAUAUUGACAUGUGGGUUUGCUUGGGGGGAAGCCCCUCACUGCAGCACAUAGAGAUAUGAAUGAGAGAAAGAGUCCUUAAUCUGUCAGAAAAUGAAAUGAUGAAUAUUUACCUGACAUAAUGUUUACCUAUCUCCUGAUGAUUCCAUUUAAAGUGAAUGAGUGGAAUAGUAUAAUAGCCAACCAUGAAAAAAAAUCCACAGCAAACUUUUUAAUGUGAUGAUUAACAAUUAAAGGGUCAAUGACAUACUGUGUAAGAAUUCAUUCAUUUGUGGUUGCACUACCUGAUAUUUGUGACUAAUUUGAAAUUAAUCAGAAAAGACUUUGACACAUGUCGA